AAGCCCGUGACGAAACUGUCACCGCGCCGCUAGGUUUUUAUAGCAGUGCGCGCACGGGCAACAAAAUUGUUACUCAACACGUAGUUCUUCCGCCAUUUGCAUUUGGACCGUCGUCUAGCGAACGCAAAAUGGCGUCAACGUCUACGCAAAACGUGAAAGUGCAUGAAGAGGAUAUAGAUAAUGAUUUGCUUAUUGAAGAAGUAGAAAAAAGACCAGCAAUUUACGAUAAAAAGUUGAAAGAGUAUUCAGAUUCUAAUUUGAAAAUCAAAGCAUGGGAUGAAAUCAGUCGUAUAAUAUUUGCUACAGUUUGGGGUACGUUGUCGUCACAAGUAAAAACUGAAGCUGGUAAACUUGUACAAAAACGAUGGAAGAAUUUAAGGGCUUGUUUUUCACGUGAGCUACGUGAGCAAAAAUGUACUAAGUCUGGUCAGGCCGCUACAAAAAGAAGAAAGUACAAACAUUUUGACCAACUUUUAUUUCUUAUCCCAAGCAUGGAUACUCGUGAAACCUCAGGAAAUGCUGAUUCUGUAGAGGAAAUUGCUUGCGAAGAAGAUAGUCAGGAUGCCAGUGUGGAAGUACUACAGCGAGAAGAAUAUUCCCGAAAUAAAAAUAAGAAUAAAAUAUGUUACGAAAAAAGGCUUCUAGAGAUUUUAAACAACAAAAGAGUUGAAGAUAACAAGUUUAUUGAGGCGAUGAGAAAUAACAAAAGUGACUGUAAUGACGAUGACAAGGAAAAGCAUUUUGCGCUGUCUUUGGUGCCGUUGAGGAGAAUCAACUAG